CCUUAAAGUGUUGCGUUACAAAAGUUGUAUGUUUUUCGUAUCACGCAGGCUGUUGAUUCUCUUUAUCGACUUUAGACCUAUAGUCAUUUUGUAGAAUCAAAUACGACUUAACUGGUUUAAGAUCUGUAUAUAUUCUUAAAUUUGUAUCAGUCGGUGGAUUAUUCGCUGUUGAUAAAAUUUUAUAUCCAUGCAAAGGCGUCCACUUACUCGCAUAGAAUUAGGAUUACAGGACCUAAUGGAGUUUAAAAACUUCAUUGAUACUCAAUACAGUGGUGACUGUGUUAAAGUUAGCAAAAGUAUUAAGGAUUCAUUCGAGAGGAUUCAACUUCGAGAGGCUGAAAAACGCAGGAAAAAUACGCGUCUUCGUAUCGGUUUACCUCCAGACUACUAAUUACUUUCGGUGUUUCGUGACAGAAGUGUUAUCACUUACUUCAGCUAAAUAUAAAUAUAUUUUUCUAUUUUGUUUAGUUCUUUGAUUCGUACUGUAGCCUGAAUCUCAUAAUUAUGCUUAGUGGUGAUAAAUUCCAUAUGAAGGGCAAUCAUGUCUGAAUAUUCGGUGUAUAUUACUUACUAAUACUCAG